AGAGCAUCUUGGCUCCACACACUUGCGCUGCGAACCUCAGUCUGGGUUUCUCCAGAUUUAGCUCUGCGUUUGCACAGCUGACGCAGGGCUAUGGCAGGAACUGGUGGAUGUGAGUCGCGUGACGAGGAAGAGGUUGAGCCCAUGCAUGCAUGGCUGCAGUCCAUCCGGAUGCAUCUUGAGGCUGCCGAGCUGCGGGAAGUUCUGAGACAAUCUGAUGAGCGACAGAAGCAGCUGCAGGCUGAACUUCAGGAAGCCAAGGCAGAAGCCGCUGAGGCAGCAGCACAGAAGGCCAAAGUUGAGGACCUGACGGGAAAACUCGUGACUGUGCAGGCGCAGCUGGCGACGAAGAACCUUCAGUUGCAAGAGCCUUCGACAACUGGGCCAUUGCUUUCCACGCAGCCGGUCACAUCUUUUCAGGCGGAAAAUUGAGUCAUUGAAUACUUGAUGCUCUUAACGAGAUCUGCAGGCCUGCUGCAUCACCGACUGCACCCAUUCUCGGUACAGUGCCAACAUCCACUGGAUCACUUCCUCGUCUGCUCGGGAAUCGCGGCCCUCCUCCAGGCCUUCCUCAUCCAGCGAAGGUGGUCGACACGCCGAUUCUUCAAACAGAGCCUGUCCGCAUCGAGUGAAGCUUGGGUUCUGAGAUCCGAAAACGAGUAUGGCACAAACAACGGUCGGAGAGGGGUUUGGGG